ACACUGCAUUCACGGUAAACGGUGCUUAUGUCGGCUCAAUCGGAAUUUACCUUAACAUUUCUAUCGCUGAAUCUGUAACGCUUAAAUUUAACAGAUUGAAUAAAGAGCACCGUCUGCUAAUGACUAGACGCCACUUUUAUAAAUCUAUUUCCAGGAUGGGUAAAGACGGGGAACAACCUCUCAAUCAAUGGUGUACAAUUAUUAGUAUUACAUUAGUAAACUUAAACAUGCACACAAUUAACAUGAAUUAUUUCUGAAUUAUGAUACAUUUGGAAUGUAUGUAACUGUAAUUGGAUACUUUUCCAGCUGUAUUUCAUAGUCCCUUACAAAGAUGGCGCUAAAUAUAACCAACGUUUUGAGUUGUCACAACCCCGGAAGAUUACGGAAUAAACUGCUGUUGAACAGUCUGAUAAGAGCACAGCACGGAUUAUUGCUGAGAUGAAAAGAUCGAAUUUCUCCUUGUCCUGUCUACGCUAAUUUGCUCCAAAAUACAGUUGUGGAUGGAUGUUUGUUUAUUAACAAGCGGCAACUGCGAUUAACGUUCAUCUUCUGUCACGCCUCUGGUUUAUGACGUAUCCCUAAAAGUUACUACUCGCUUUGUCAUGUGAUGUUCUUCAGAUAAUGGGAGAAUUUCAAUUGUAUUCUCCUCGCGUCCUCUCUCCUGUCUCCUCGCCUCCUUCUCAAAACCCAUUGGAGGGGAAAGCCAGAGGUCCCGCCCCUCUGACUUCUUUCUUUGAAAAGGAGGCGAAGAGUAUACAAUUGAGAUUCUCCCAAUGUCCAUUGUUUGUCUCAAGAUCAAAGUUCACUUCACUCUGUGCUGAAAAAGACUGUAGGCUGUUGCACCACUGAAGGAUUGUGAGAUUAAGAAUUUAGACUUUUCCUUCUUGUCUUCUGUUGAAAUUACAUGCAAAUACUUUUCUUCUAUUGUUUUAACCCUGCUCAACACACAGCAGUUUUUGGCUUCACACGACCGUGAGGAUGCGGCAGCUGCGAGUUGCGGUGGUGGGCGCGGGAGCUGCAGGUCUGUGUGCCGCACGUCACAUCCUGUCCCGCCCAGACACCUUCGCCCCACCCGUCAUCUACGAGCUCACGGAACAGGUGGGCGGCACCUGGUUCUACGAGGAACGCACCGGUAGCUAUGACAACGGGCUGCCCAUUCACAGCAGCAUGUACAGAGACCUCAGGACCAACCUGCCCAAGGAGGUGAUGAUGUUCCCUGACUUCCCCUUUGACCCCCAACUGCCCUCCUUCCUGCCACACCAGGAAGUGCAGAGGUAUCUGGAGAGAUACUGCCAGAGCCACUGCAUCACACCACACAUUAGAUUCAGCACUGUAGUGAAGGAGGUGAGCCCUGUCACCAUGGUGACAGAGGGGAAAGGACCAAUGACGACGUGGGAGGUGACGUCAAAUGACAAGUCUGGAUCACGGAUCACUGAAACUUUUGAUUCCGUGUUCAUCUGCAGCGGGCACUACUCUGACCCUCACAUCCCACCCAUCCCUGGGCUAGAGCGAUUUAAAGGCAAAGUGAUCCACAGUCACUCAUACCGCCACCCAGAGCCCUUCUCAGGUCAGUCAGUGGUGGUGCUGGGUGCUGGGGCCUCAGGACUGGACAUCUCACUAGAACUGGGUCGAUCCAACGCCCAGGUGACUCUGAGCCACGGUAAGCCCACCCUGCCCUUCCCUCUGCCCUAUGGGGUCCACCAGGCCACCCCUGUGGAGGAGAUCCAGGAGGAUGGGUCUCUGCGGUUCCAGGAUGGGUCCAUUACCCAGGCCCAGGUCCUGCUGCUCUGCACUGGCUACAACUUCAGCUACCCCUUCCUGGAUCCAGCCCGGUUGGGCCUGGAGGUCCAGGAGCACCUGGUAACCCCGCUCUACAGGUUCCUGGUGCCCCCAGCAUUCCCCUCACUCUUCAUCAUAGGCAUCUGCAAAAUCAUCUGCCCCUUCCCCCACUUCCACUGCCAGGUCCAGUUUGCCCUGGCAGUGCUGGAGGGCUCUGUGGCUCUGCCAUCACGGGCUGAGAUGGAAGAGGAGGCCCAGGGAGAGAUGGUAAGGAAAGCGGAGAGGGGGGUGCAGCUCAGACACAUGCUGAAGAUGGACAAGGACCAGUGGGAUUAUGCCCAGACCUUAGCUCAGACUGGGAGGUUCCCCCCUCUACCCCCAGUCACACAGAGCCUGUAUGAGGAGGUAUGGAGGCAGAGACAGGUUCACCCACACAACUACCGGCAGCUGAACUAUCGACUCGUCAGUGACACACAGUGGGAGCAACAGGCUGGUGAAUGAGGAGGAGAGGAAAGUAGAGGUUGGGAAUAGGAUAGGAGGAGAGGAAAUGACUGAGCAGCCUUGGAUAAAUGGACAGAAUGAUAUAGGCCUUUUCCUGAAAUGUUACUUUGACAUGAUUUAUUGUAAUGUACGGAAUCAUGUAAAUCAUAUAUACAAUUUCACCCACAAUCCUUUAGAUAAUGUUAGUAGCCUAGCUUAUAACAAAUGCACCUCACCAGCUUUGUUAUCUUUCACUUAUUGUAAACAGAAAACAUGUAAUAUCUCUUUGUCAGAUUUCUCAAUAUUGAAUCCUUUUUAGGAUAUUUUAUAUCAAUACACUCCUUAAUGAACUUUACAAUAUGUAUUUCCAAUGCCAAAACUGCCAAGCUCCAAGGAAAUAAAAAAUGCCAAGGAAAUA